GUCAAGAGAGGUUCGAGAUGAAGAUAUUUGCUCAGUCAGUCUUAUUUAUCGCAAGCCUUAUUUUCCUUCAAUCCAUCAGUGUUGAUACAAGAGUUGAUGAAGUCUUGGAAAUGAGGUUAUUCGAUCCCAACUUCCGAGCCUCAAAUAAAGAGAUGCAUAAACAGUUAAAGGAAGCAAACCUCACAGGACGCGGUUACGAAAAGGAAGUCAUCACCAAAAUUGCUGAGGUAGAAGGUGGCAAAAAAGAAUACCAGAAAAUCCAUCGUUUCUACAAACAUGUCAUUUGCCAGAAAGCGUGGGAAGUUGAAAAAGAAUUGAGCCGCUUGUUCCCAGCCAUGGUGAGAGAAGAUAUGGUAAAACAGUUCAAAAAGGAUGUGAAAUACAGGCGCCUAACAAAUAUGCCGAUGUGUAAGGUGGGACUUGAGAUUCACUUCCCGGGAGAUCUGAGUUACUCAGACGACGGUCAGAAAGCUGUGUCCAAACGGGACGCAGCAUCUAGCUAUGGAUGCUGUUUCUGCAUAAGCAUUAAUUUCACACUUAAUAUCACGUUUGGAUAGGCUGACGAUAUCUAACAGUUAUGAUUUUGACAACCAAUAAAAGAUCCAAUUAACACGUGACUUUUUAUCAUAGAAUUUGGUCAUAGAAUUCUGUUCCCUUAUUAAAUAUUGCAUCCGUGAUUAUUUGUCUGAUUUUGCCUGCAUCAUAAACAAUCGAAAAUUAAAAGUAAAUAGGGAGUAUACUUAAUAUCCCUGUCAUGCAAAAACUGAGGAUUUUUUUGUAUUGUAGGGGAAAAAAUACU